UUCGUUUGAAUUGUGUCUGUUUGAAAUGGCAGAAACCGCUCCAGAAGCUCCUCCAGCUAAGGCGCCGAAGAAGAAAAGUUCUAAGCCAAAGAAGACCGGCCCUAGCGUGUCAGAGUUGAUCGUGAAGGCUGUAUCGGCUUCUAAGGAGCGCCAUGGGCUGUCUUUAGCCGGAUUGAAGAAAGCUCUCUCCGCUGGCGGCUACGAUGUGGAGAAGAACAACGCUCGCGUAAAACUGGCCGUAAAAAGCUUGGUUAGCAAAGGCUCUCUGGUGCAGACCAAGGGUACCGGCGCCUCCGGGUCCUUUAAAAUCAAUAAGAAGCAGGCAGAGGCAAAGGAAAAAGUAGGCAAGAAAAAGGCAGCCCCGAAGAAACCAGCGGCAAAGAAGCCUGCCGCAGCCGCCAAAAAGGUAAAGAAGCCUGCCGCGAAGAAACCCACAGCAGCCAAAAAGACUGCAAAGAAGCCCGCUGCAGCCAAGAAAGCCACCAAGAGUCCUAAGAAAGUCACCAAGAGUCCCAAAAAGGUGAAGCCGGCUGUAAAACCCAAAAAGGCGGCAAAGAGUCCUAAAAAGGCUAAAGCUUCUAAGCCUAAAGUAGCCAAACCCAAGUCUGUCAAAAAGGCAGCCCCGAAAAAGAAGUGAUCGUGUAUGUGUCAACAGUAGUUCAGGGGAAAUAAAAAACGGCUCUUUUCAGAGCCCC